CGUGACCCUUCGCCCUGGCUAACAUGGCGGCGCCCCUGGAGCUCGUGUUGAGCACCGAUGCAGCGGGACAGGUUGCUAAUUGUUCGGCAUGGGAUCCACAAACGGGAGCGGUUCUGCUCAGCUAUCGUGGGGGAAACAGCUCACCGCGAGGCCUGGUGAUGCUUGGGGGUCAGUAUCUCCUCGGAGGACAACUGGGGAAGAACUACAUCAAUGUAUGGGAGCUACAAAGAAAGGAUCAGCUGCAGCAGAAGAUAGUUUGUUCUGCACCGGUCACUUGUUUAGCAGCAUCUCCUAAUGGAUUGUACCUGGCAGCAGGCAUUGCAGACAGUAUUUACCUGUGGGAGGUUUGCACAGGGCAUUUGCUUGCUAUUCUUAAUAGUCACUACCAGGAUGUCACUUGCCUCACCUUCACAGAUGACAGCAGCCAUUUCCUGUCUGGAGCCAAGGAUAGUCUUGCUCUUGUGUGGAACCUUUUCAGUAUUUUGCAGGCUGACGGAUCUCGAGGCCCUGAAGCACGUCACAUGUGGACCCAACAUUCACUUCCUAUCACUGAUAUUCAUUGUGGCACUGGAGGGCCCCAGUCCCGAGCAGUGACUUCUUCCUUGGACCAGACAGUUAAGCUUUGGGAUAUUGCAUCUGGUGAACUUCUGGUCUCUGUCCUCUUCGAUGUUCGAAUCAUGUCAGUAACAUUUGACCCAGCUGAAUAUCACUUAUUCUGUGGUGGAAGUGAUGGCUCCAUAUUCCAGGUGGACCUGUGUGAAUGGCCUGUGCAGCGAGACAAAACAUUUAAUGCAGACCAGGAGAAGGUAUUUAAAGGACACAGAGACCAGGUAACAUGUCUUUCCGUAUCAUUGGAUGGGAGUAUGCUAGUCUCAGGAUCUCAUGAUGAGACGGUGUGUGUUUGGGACAUCCAAAGCAAGCAGUGCCUACGUACAGUAAACCAUAGAGGUCCAGUGACCAACGCCUUCAUCAUACCUGCACCAGGAAACAUGUUACGGGCAGACAGUAAACCAAGCUUUCCCCUUCCUCGCUUUAGUAAACACUUUCAGGGUGCUGAAGGCUGCGAUGAUCCGGAGAGUGAGGGCAUCAUAUUGCGGCUUGGGAAACAGCAACAAGGAGCAGAGGACACUUACUUGCAGCGUGCAGAACAGUUGCACCUCUUGUUAGGUGAAACUGAAGGCAAGAACCUCUCUAGCGUUGUGGAACAGCUUCGCUCUCGGACAUCAGAACUUGAGGAUGAGCUGAAUAUGGUGCGGAAGAUCAACAAAGAUCUAUUUGACUUCUCAGCUAACAUCAUCACAAAAACCUGACAUGUUCAACGGAAUGUACUAAACAAAGACAUUUAUCAUUAUUUUAGAACCAGGACUUUUCUACAUAGAUAUUAGUCGUCAUUCUUUCACCCCACCCCUCCUAGGAGUACUAUGGUUAGGCAGCAAGGCACUUGUAUAAACCACUGUGGAUUUUCCUACAUACAGUAUCUUCUUUAGGAGGUGCAAAAGCACAAGACCUAACCUUCUUUUAGUAGUAUUCAUUCCUAUAGUCAUUUUUCUUUUUUAUUAUCACUUUGCCACAUUUUUAUUUGGGAAUUGUUGCCAUAACUGAAUUUUCCUUGUUCUGUAUUCAGAGUAUUGCUAGGUGGCGUCACAUGUUAAAGUUUCUCCUACAGAUAGGCAGAGCUAAAGGGCUAAUGUGUUAUAUAUAUAUAUAUAUAUAUAUAUCACUUAAUGUCUAAUAUUUGGAAAAAUAUUCAACUGCAACAAUGUCUUGAUUUAUCAAAAGCCUCGUCAUGGAGCACAGGGAUGAACUUGUAAAGAAGAGGAUCAGUGGGUUGGUUACUAAAAGAAAGAUAUUAUAAUAUAUACACACACACACACACACACACACACACACACACAUAUAUAUACUUCUGAUGUCCUACUGAUGUUUCGAUUGCUGAUAUCACAGGGCAGAAGUGCUCAUAUGAGCUUAUAACCCUUUCAUUGCCGCUCAACUCUGCAGAGAGUGUGGAGUAUUGAUUUGAAACAAUACAUUGUAAGUAGGCCUGUCCCCUGCAUAGUUCUGAAGCAUACGUUUUGUGAGUGGAGGUAAUAUUUAUGAAUUUGUAAUCAUUGCUAUUUUUUAGAACCCACCCUUUUUUUUUUUUUUUAAAUGAGAUUCCACUAUAUGUACACUCCAUAUUUUUUUUUUGUAAAUUAAAGGGUCAGCCUUUACUCCAAGCACAGAAGGUGCCGUAGCACUUCAUUCAGCUAUCAUUGGCUCUACUUUGGCAGAUCCAUGGAAAGUAUAUGGGAUGCAUAAUCCACAUGCUGCAAUAGCAGAGUAGAGCUGAUGAAAGCUGAGCACUCUGAGAAGUGCUGCUGCACCUUCCAUGCUCUUAGUAAAGGUUUAAAGGGGUAUAACUAUUAGAUCAGGGUCUGCUGCAACCCCCACCAAUCACAAGAUAUGGGCCCCGUACCUCCUGCAGUUCCCCAGAAAUGAACGGAGCAGCUGGUCACACAUGCGCAUGACUGCACCAUUCUUUUCAAUGGGGGAUAACUUUAAACCACCAAAAUACUCCUUUAAGUAUCUAUUAAGGGUCUGUAUAUAACCACGAGUAGACAAGCCCGUUAGAGAGAAAAGGUGUCUGUUUUCCUUUGAAGAGAUCGGCUCCCUUUUUGGCAAAAAAUUUAUGGGCCAAAAAAUGCAGAUGUGUAAAUGUACUUUUUAGACACCACUAAAUCAUUGUUAAGGUCCAUACAAACUAAUUCUACAGCAUACUGAACCUCAAAUGACACACCGAUAAAAGACCCUGCUCUGUGAUCUUUUGCAUUAGGGUAGUACAUGGUAUAGUAGGAAUGUCUGAAAAUCAUUUCAGAUACAAUAUACUGUGUGUAAAAAAAUGCAUUUUUAUGUCUACUUAUUAUUGUCUAAUAAACUUUAUAGUGGA